AACCAAGGACAUCAGCAAGAGCAUGGACUCAAAAAUUCUGGCUUUCAAGACCUUCACAAGGAUAUGGUAUAAUUCCAAAAAGGUCACCUCGUAAGCUAUAACAUCAUAAUGCAGCGGAUACAAAUCAUCUUUUUAUUCGCAGCAUAUCCACAAGCAUACUGGAUGAUGUAAAUAACAAUGAAAAGUCAAAGCCGCACAUAUAGCUUAUUUCACAAGGAAAAAAGAAAAUAGAAUAAAUAAAGAAAAGCUAGAAACAAUAACUCAGUAGAGAGAGAGGGAGAGAUGGAAGAGGAACAUAAAGUGAAGCUAUAUGGGAUGUGGGCCAGCACUUACGUUAAGAGAGUGGAAGUAGCCCUAAGAGCUAAAGGCAUAGCUUGUGAGUAUAUAGAAGAAGAUUUAAGCAACAAAAGCCAAGCUCUCCUUCAAUAUGAUCCAGUUCACAAUGAGGUCCCUGUACUUGUUCACAAUGGAAAGCCAAUUACAGAGUCAUCCAUCAUCUUAGAAUAUAUUGAUGAAACAUGGAAACAAGCUCCUCGCCUCUUGCCUGAUGAUCCUUAUCAAAGAGCUAAAGUUCGCUUCUGGGCUAGUUUUAUCCAACAACAGUUGUUUGAGGGAGUCAGUCAGGUGAUCACAAGGGGCGGGGAAGCACAAGAGAAGGCAAUCGGUGAGCUUCUUGAGAAAAUGAACAUAUUUGAAGAGGAAAUGAAGAAACUUUUGCCCAAUGGAGUCUCAGUUAUUGAAGUCCAGAAUCUAGGGCUCCUGGACAUUCUGGUGGGUGCAGUAUUUAGCCCCUACAAAGCUCAAGAGGAAGUCGCUGGUGUCCAAAUUCUAGACCCAGAAAAAAACCCACUGAUACUUUCUUGGGUCACUGCCUGGAACCAGUUAACUACAGUUCAAGAGUUGCUGCCUCCUCAUGACAAGAUUGUAGGCCUGCUUCAAUUUGUGAGAAAAACUGCUCUUGGAUCUUCUGGUUAGCAAGGUCAUUAGGGCGUUCCUCCAUGGUUAGGAGGUUUGGAACUGGCAUUUCUUUAAAUUUUUAAUUUUUUUUUUAUGUUUUUGAAUUAUUUUGAUUUGUAAAAUAAUAUUUUUUUAAAAAUAAAAAUUUUAUUUUAAUAUAUUUU